GAAGGGGGUCUGGCUGGGAUGCCUGCCGACUCCCGCGGAACCACGGCCAGGCCUAGGUUGGCCCAGCCUGGCCCAGCCAGGGCUGGCGGCGUGGCGGUGGGCUGCCACUGGACGGUCUGCUAGGCGAACCUGCGGCGGCCUCGUUUGAGGAGGGUUGGUCCUGGGCUGUUUGCGGUCGGAGGUCAAGCCUUGUUGGAAUGUCGGGGCUCCACAGUUCAGAAGAUGAGGCAGAAGGAAGUGUCGGCCAAGCCCUUCCAAGGCCCCGCGCUGGUGUGCAGGACCCCGACCAGCCACGUGUACAUGUUUGAGAAUGGCGAUGAUGCGGGGAACUCCUCUGAGGACGAGCCCCCACUGGCCCUGCGGCCCCGGGGCAAGGAGCGCCGGAAAAUGGGAGCCCAGCAGCCUGGAGCCGGGGAAGUGGUGCUGCUUCAGCGGGAGCUGACACAGGGAGACAGUCUCAACAAGCUGGCCCUUCAGUAUGGCUGCCAAGUUGCAGACAUCAAGAAAGUCAACAACUUCAUGAGAGAGCAGGACUUAUAUGCGCUGAAAUCUAUUAAGAUUCCCGUGAGAAAGCACGGGAUCCUAACAGAGGCUCAGGCAGAACUAAAGCCCCUUGCAAACCCUCCCUCAGAGACGGGGAUGACCUCUGUGGAGUUGCCAGGUGUGGACGGAGCAGCCACCUGUGCCGACACCGAGGACAGCCAACUGGCAGACUUCUUUAAGGGGAUCGACCAGAACAUCGAGCGUGCCGUGCAGUCCGAAGUCUUCCUAGGUGACAAUGACUGCUGGGAGACCCCCGGUCAGCCCCUGCUCCCAGCUCCCCCGCGGACACCGGCGAAUGGGGCAGACUGUGGAAUCCAGUGGUGGAAUGCUGUUCUCAUCAUGCUCCUCAUUGGGAUUGUUCUGCCAGUGUUUUAUUUGGUCUACUUUAAAAUACAGACUUCUGGUGAGACCCCAAGUACCUUGAACACAACUGCUCCCAAUGGCUCAGUGGACUUGAGUGCCGCUCAAGGGCUGUCACCCAGGCCAGUAGUUCCAGUGCCAACCAUCCCCUCUGGAUAACCAGUUAAGUCCAGCCACCCAGUGAGGCCAAUAAGUUUGGUUUGUGAGAAAUCAGCCCGAUAGGUUCCUGACAUGCACCAACUCCCCGGCACGACCUAGGUAACAGUGUCCCUUUGGCCUGCUGGAUGUUUGGACACGUUUCCAAAGUCACUGUCAUGUUGGCCUCCACGCUGGCCCUGGGGAGUGGCUUUGUCAUUCCAAGGCUGCAGGAUCCAAACACCAGUUCACUUAGCCUUUAUCUCUGGUGAGAAGCAGCAAGAUGUGUCUGCAUGUGGCAGAUGGCUGUGUCCUAAAGACAUCUAGAGGACUGGCUGUGAGGGUCUUCACAGUAGCAUUGUGGAGGCCCCCAUGUUUAGUGUACCCCAAGGGAGAGGAAUGGCCUUGGCCAAGAGACCUGCCACAUGGAGCAUUGCCAACGGUUGACCUGCCUUCCUUAUGCAGUGUCCCCUGCUUGCUGUGAAUUGGGGACUGGCUCUGAGAAGUGGUCUUCUGUGUUUCUGUAGGACAAGCACUGUG